UUAGGACACACUAUGGUCUCAAUCGCUAGUAAAAAAUCUUCAAGACAAAAAAUAAUGCAUUGUCACCAACCUGUUAAAAACAUUCAAUUAUUAUGAAAUGGCUUAAACCUCCAAGAAUACCCUAUAAAUCAGUUCUGUAAACUCAAACAUUGCCACAGAUUUCUGCUGAAGAAGUCAGGCAGAGGGUGAACAAGUUUCACUUCCGGUGUUUGAGUGCCUCUUAAAGUCUAUUUGGUAUUUGUGGUUUACAUCAUCAGGUCUGACAAGAAGCACGCUCACCUUGUAAAAGAGGAAGUGCAGAGCAGUUUUCUCUUGGCAGAAGAAGCAGUUUCAGAUCAGAGCGGCAUUUCUUCUCUUCUGUUCUUUUUCCUGGUGUCUGGUCAUGGAUCUGCUUUGGAAGAUCCUGCUGGUGUGUUUGGCGUGUGCUGAGGCGGAGAACCUGACUGUGGUGCGUGUCGAGCUGGGUAAAAAUGUCACCUUAAACUGCUCCAUACCGAAAGAUACCGUCCACUGGUACACUGAGAUAAGGAGUCAGGUCAGAGGACUCAUCGCCAAGACUUUCACCUCAGAUUCAGUAGAUGCUACAUUCAUCGCUUAUACGACUUUAACAUCCAAAUAUAUCGCCAUGGGAAACAAAUUGGUGGUCACCAACAUCACAGCCGAGGAUUACAGGCUUUACUACUGUGGCCGGAAGAUGAAUGACAAUAUAACUUUUGCAGACACUUUCCGCCUUGUCUCAGUUGCUUCAUCCAACAACAACACUGAAGCAAACUGCCAGCAGCACCUGAACGCAAUAUGGCAGAGUGAGCCUGUCUUCUACAGCUUGUUGGCCCUGAUCUCCCUUCUCUUCUCUGUGAUAAUAAGUUUACCGUUCACCUCUGAGACCCCGGAGGCGCCACAGUUUACAGAAUGUAUUUACUACGAAGUUGGGCUUUCUAAAUCCACAAGCCACAAUACUGAACAUGCGGGACACGUGGAAGAAAACACGGAAACCUGACAAGCUGUUUUGUGGACUUCUGAGCAUUUCCAUUUCCUGAAGCGAGCUCUGCUGGACAGACCCAAGUGGAGGCGUCUCUCCAGUUUUGGUUUUCCUGAUUUUAAUUAUGUAAAUAUUCAAUUUCAGUACAGCAUUGGUAUCAUUACUGUGGGUGGAGCAGGUUAUGAAACUACUGUGUGGUCAGAUGGUGGCAGGAUGAACAAGCGGAGGAAAGUUUUUGUUUUGUCUGAACAGCUGAGGUCCAGUGACGCUGACAGUCUUAUGACUCAUGUAACGUCUAACACCAAUGUACUAACUGGUCUUCAUGACUUAGGAGGACAUUACAUUAAUUUGGGUGUUUGCUUGUUUCUAUGUUUUAUUAUUAUUAUCAUUAUUAUAAUUCUUAUUAUUACUAUUUUUUUCUUUUUCUUUCCUUUUUUAUGUGAAGCACUUUGUGUUACAUUUCUCUUGUAUGAAAAGUGUUAUACGAAUAAACUCUGAUUGAUUGAUUGA